UAAACCAAGAAGAUACUCGGAGACGGAAGAAAAGGCAACACAAUUAUGGGUUUUACGAAAGCAUCUUUGCUUCUAUACUUUCUAUUUUUUCUCCUUCUCCAGCACCACUUUCUUCACGUGAUCUCGCGAUCUUCAACACAAUUAGCCUCCGCUGAUCAAAACCAUGACAAACUCUCGGUCCAGUCAGUUGAAUCGAAGCCGGCUGGUGACGCUUUCGCUGGCAAAAGAACGGAAUUGGCCAUCGUUGUUAAGAAGGGCGGCGGGGGUGGCGGAGGCGGUAGAGGCGGAGGUGGUUACGGCGGAGGUGGGCGUAGUUUUGGCGGAGGUGGUGGUGGGCGCAGUUUUGGCGGAGGCAGACGCGGCGGUGAUAGACGUAAGGGUUUUGGCGGAGGAGGGAGAGUAGUUCCGUUUAUUGGCGGUGGUGGUGGAUCAAACCACGGCCGUCACCGUUCAAGCGGGACCCGGGAAAGUGCUAGCGUUUGGUUUGGUUUAUCGACUUUACUCGGUUUGGUUUUGGUUUUAUAGGUUUCUUUAUCUGAUUACCGGUUUAGGUUAAAAUGUUUGAUGCCGGUUUUAUUUUCUACUGGUUUGCUCUCUGGAUAUAUAUGUCUAAAGAAGUUGGUUUGGUAGGCUAGUUAUUAAAAGCAUCAAUUCGAGAAAGAAGCUUAAGAAAACUAAUCUUUGUUUAAUGAAGAAGAUA